UGAAAUUCAAAUCUCUGCGUUCCAAAGAUCUCGUUCAAAGAAAAACACAAAAAACAAAAAAUCAUCAACGGUACCUUUUACUCAAACGGCUACAUCUCUCUCUGUGAAAAAAAUUUCGACUCUCGACAUACUUUUCCAAGGAAACACGAUUUCUCUCAUCCAAAAAAUUUUAGCAUACUAACGGCCGCUUCGAUUGCAGUUAUGGCGCAGUUGCUUAAUAUGUCUAAUCCUCGAACUGAUCCACUUCUGCAAGUGGAAACAACAUGUGGAUCCCUUCUAUAUGAACUUAAGAUUAUUUGGGAUGAAGUUGGUGAAUCAGUUGCUGAUAAGGAUAGAAUGCUGCUUGAGCUUGAAAAAGAAUGUUUAGAAGUAUACAGGAGAAAGGUAGAUCUUGCAAAUCGAUCUAGAGCUCAGCUACGCCAGGCAAUAGCUGAUGCUGAAGCAGAAUUGGCUGCCAUCUGUUCUGCAACUGGGGAGCGACCUGUACAUAUUAGGCAGUCUGUUCAAAAUACUGGAAGCUUGAAGGAAGAGCUCGGUAGAAUUCUUCCACAAUUGGAGGAGAUGCGGAAAAGGAAAUCUGAGAGAAGAAAUCAAUUCCUAGAAGUCCAAGAGCAGAUACAGAAGAUCUCAAACGAGAUCUAUGGAUCCACAGAGUAUAUUUCAUCCAUGUUGGUAGUAGAUGAAAGUGAUUUGUCUAUGAGAAAGCUUGAGGAGCUGCACAGAGAGCUGCAUGAACUACAAAAGGAGAAGAGUGAUCGACUGAGGCAGGUUCAGGAACAUGUGUGUGCCCUAAAUUCGCUUUGCUCAGUGCUUGGUGUGGAUUCUAAGAAGAUACUAACUGAAGUUCAUCCAAGUUUACGAGACUUUGAAAGGUCCAAGAAUAUAAGUAAUGGUACAAUUGAGCAGUUGGCUGCUGCGAUACAAAAAUUACGAGAGGUUAAACUACAGAGAAUGCAGAGGCUCCAAGAUCUUGCAACUACCAUGUUGGAGCUCUGGAAUUUGAUGGAUACACCAAUGGAAGAGCAACAAAUGUUUCAGAAUGUUACUUGUAACAUAGCUGCUUCAGAACAUGAAAUAACUGAACCAAAUUCUCUCUCCAUGGACUUCAUAAAUCACGUUGAGGCUGAAGUAUCUCGGUUGGAAGAGUUCAAGUCGAGCAAAAUGAAAGAGCUUGUUCUGAAGAAGAGGUCAGAGCUAGAGGGGUUCUGUAGAAAGACGCACAUGGCUCCAGAAGUAGAUAGCACAAUGGAAGAUGUCAUUGACGCGAUAGAAUCUGGAGUUGUGGACCCUGCUUGUGUCCUUGAGCAAAUUGAGCUUCAGAUAGCUAAAGUUAAAGACGAAGCUUUUAGCAGGAAAGAACUACUCGAAAAGGUUGAGAAAUGGUUGGCUGCAUGUGAUGAGGAGAGUUGGCUUGAAGAGUAUAAUAGGGAUGAGAACCGAUACAAUGCUGGAAGAGGUGCUCAUCUUACUCUCAAGCGUGCUGAGAAGGCUCGCUCUUUGGUUAACAAACUUCCAGCAAUGGUUGAUGCGUUGGCUUCAAAAACCCUGGCAUGGGAGAAGGAAAGAGGCAUUGGGUUCACAUAUGAUGGUAUCCGUCUCUUAUCUAUGCUUGAAGAGUAUACUUUAGUGCGGCAAGAGAGAGAACAAGAACGUCGUAGGCAGCGGGACCAGAAGAAACUUCAGGGACAACUGAUCGCAGAACAAGAGGCACUUUAUGGGUCAAAACCUAGCCCUUCAAAGACCCAGGGUGUAAAAAAAGCACCCAGGAUGUCAACCGGAGGUGCAAGCAAUAAAAGACUUUCACUUGGAGGAACAAUGCUUCACACUCCCAAACCUGAUCCGCUUCAAGCUGCGAAAGCUACUCCUCACUCACGUCCCAUUAGGAAAAAUGACCGGAUGCACCAAAAUCAUGACCAACUCAAUCCUCAAUAUGAUGGAAUUUCUGUUUUAUCUGCGGGUAGGAGAGGCUUGGAUGUUGCCGGUCUCCCUGUAAAAAAGCACUCGUUUGGAAAUGGAAACGUUCGAGAAGGAGAGUCACCCAUGAUGCGGAAACCAUUUUCACCCAUCAUCUCCACAGCACCAUCAAAGGCCAACAUGGCAAACUUGUCGGAUGAUGCAAACAUGACUCGUAGCGAAAAGAUGCAGAAGACACUUCCAACCAAGAAUCUGCAAUUCAAUACUCCCUCCAAGACAACUUCAAUGGCAGAUGAAGAGAACAAAACGCCAAAGUCACUGCCGAUUCGUGUCCCCACAACACCUUCAACUGUGUCAGUUCCGAUGCAGACAGCCCCAACUCCGGCUCCUCCACCACCGGUCUCUUAUAAAGCCAAAGUAGUCGAACUGACUCCCGAAGAAAUUGAAUAUUCAUUCGAGGAAAGGAGAGCUGGUUUUGUGCUUCCUAAAACACACAUAAGGCCAAUGAUACUGCAAACAUGAUAAGCUCUUAGGUAGACUUGAAUGAAUAUGUUUUAGCAUGCUUUUAGAUCAGACAUCUACUUUUCUUUUUGGUGUUUUGCGAUGGGCCUAGUCAAUUGUAAUUGGCUUUACGGAUUAGUGUACAUUGUUUACGAGUACUGAAUGUUGAACUUGUCCUUUCUGUUUGACGUGACCGCCGACCAGCUUGUCUGUUCAGGCGGUUUGUUGUGGUCCUGUGGACUUGGUCGCAUCGACAGAGACAGAUGCAUUAACCUCUUCCAUGCA